UUUUAAACAUGUGGAACAUGCUGAAGACUGCGCUCAAAUGUGUAUAUUUUAACAGCCACGCUACAUUUUCUAAAUAUGUGAAUCCACUGUACGUUCAACGUUAUUAGCUGUUGUUUCUGAGGGGGCGCAAAUAUUCUGCUAACCAAUCUUAGCCAAAUUAAUUCGUAACAUGUAUCACUAGUCGUAACUUUUUGUGUGAAUGCUUCAAACUACCGGGGUUGCUCUUGUCUGUUUAUUAAAAACAUAAGGUACUUGUGACGGACAAAUAUAACUGAACAAUGUCAGAAAGCAGCAGUGAAGAUGAAAACUCGGACAAACUGAAAGAGGCGGUGUGGAGCUUUGGAUCAGUGGAUGUCAAGAUCAAUAGUAAAGAUGGAGCCAGCAACAGCAAACAAAGUCAUAGAGCAGACGUUUCAAAACAUGAACAUGAUGGUAAUGAGCUCGGGACAACCCCGGAGUUCAGAUCACAUGUGGCAAAAAAGUUAGGAGCCUUGUUGGACGGGUGCAUUUCAGAGGUGUUUUCAGAGCCUGAUCAGAAACCUGGUCUGUCUGAAAUCAGAGAGGAAGAACACGAUGAAGAAGGUUUCCUUCUUUUCACAACAUCUGUUCCUGGAAAAUGGAUGGAGCAGUCACCACCUCCACCCCCUAAAAGAAGACCAAUUCCCAGCUCUAGUGACAGCGACAGUGAGAUGGAGAUGAGGCUUCGAGAAGCUGCUGUGUCUCUAUCAGACCUCCUCGGUCCUUCAGCCCAACCCCUUACAGAGAAAAUGGAGGAGAAAAGUGUGACAAAAGAACAGCCACAGACAGAAGAUGAAACUGAAAAGAAUAUAGACACAGUCCCAAAGAAGAAGAAAAGAAAAAUGCUGAAAGAGCAAAGUGAAGAGAAUGUAGCGGAGAAACAAUCUAAUGGAAAAAGAACAGAUGAGAAACCAACUGUGGUAGAGAAUUUGGCAAAGAAAAAAAAGAAGAAAAAGAAAAGGAUAAAGUUGGAGGAGGGAGGAAUGGACAAAUGUUGAUUGAGACUUUAUAUCGUGCAUUUAAACAGAAGUUGAAAUGACUUGUUCUAGAUGUAUUAUUUUACGAUUAUACAGUAACAGUUGACUGCAUUGAAUGCAAAGAAAA